AUGACUCUAAUCUGUUAUUUAGUUUCCUUUCUGUUGUCUUAUAAUGUUUCGGCCCAUCGUUUGCUGUUUCUUAUAAUUAUUUAUAAACAUUAUUUUCAGGAUUUUAAUGGAAGAUUAUUGCGUGGAAUUUUUCAUGUUUUACCAUCAAAGAAAGAUUAUCCUGAUUAUUAUCAGGUUAUUAUGGAACCUAUAGAUCUCUCUAUGAUUGAAGCCAAAAUUAAAGCUGAAAAGUAUUUAACUGAGCAGGCGUUACUUAGUGAUUUUGAACUGAUGUUUAAUAAUGCUAGACAUUAUAAUGAAGAGAAGUCACUGGUCUAUCAGGAUGCUAAUACAUUAGAGCGUGUAUUAAAAGCAAAAGUAAGAAGUAUGGGACCACUGACACCUAAGAGUAUGGGAAGGAAAAAGAACAGAUCAUUUUCUCCACUAGAUGAGAAAUUACAAGAAUUAUAUGAUACAGUUAGAAAUGCUAGUGAUAAAUCUGGUCGUGAAUUGGCUACACCAUUUAUUAAAUUACCAUUAAAAGCUGAAUAUCCUGAUUAUUAUGAAGUAAUUAAGAAGCCAGUAGACUUACAAAGAAUACAACAGAAACUAGUUACACAUUGUUAUGAUUCAUUAGAAGAUAUGGUUGCUGAUUGUGUUCAGAUGUUUGAUAAUGCCUGUAAAUAUAAUGAACCUGAUUCAUUAAUAUAUAAGGUACUGUAUUCAAACUUCCAAAUCUCCUGA